CUAGAUGACCUCGUGAGGUCCCUUCCAACCCUGAUAUUCUAUGAUACUAUGAAGUCAUGAGCAAAAAGUUAAUUAUCUAGUAAAUAAGCAAUAUAUCAUUCACUAUUCUCUAAUAUACUAAAACUGUACAAUCAAUAAGAAUCUGAAAACAUUAAAUGAAGUAAUUGCUUAAGUACACGUAUAUAGUUAUAGUGUACUCUACUAGAUAGCAAAAAAGUACCAAAUCUAGAAUAAAGGCUCUAAUUAGUUGUAAAUCAAUAUGUUUUAAUGAUUAUAUCAACCAAUGAGACUGCACUUUUCUUUAGAAAAGAACUGAAGUACAAAUAGAAAAGUUGAUUAAAAUCAGUGAUUUAAAUCAUUAUAAUUUAAAUCAGCCCACCCUGACUCCCUCCCACAUUCCCCAAAUACCCCCCCAAAAUACCCUCUCCCACAACAGGCCUGCACGUACAUCCCAAAUGCUCCCUCCCACACCAUCUCUAAAAUAUUCCUUCCCAGCACACAUACACACGCACCCAAAAUACCUCCUCCCAGUGCACUUGUGCACAGAAAAAAAUAGCUCCCUGCUCAUGUGCAUGCACACUCCCACACAGCAAAAUACCUUAUCCCAGCACUCAGCAAAACACCUCCCUCUCAGCAUGCACAUGUAUCCUGUCAACGUACACACACAGCAAAACACCCUCCUCUCUGGACACAUACACCCUCCCCAGACACUGUAAAAUUCAUAGUAAAAUACCCUCUCCCAGCUGUGCAUGGUCCUUCCCAGACACACACACACACACACUCUCUCUCUCUCUCUCUCACACACACACAUAUAUAUAUAUAUAUAUAUAUAAGCAGCAAAAUCCAUUGUUGUAAAAAGAUACUUUUCUUUCCCACAGCAAAUGAGCAUGGGUUUCUUGCGGGGGCAGAUAUGGCAUUUAAAAUGUUAGUCCAUGGUACUGAAUAAGGAAGACAAGGAGAACAAAGUUUGAAAUUAUGUGUAUGUUUGGGGUAGCGGGAAUUUCAUUUUUCUGGUCAGUAAUUAGUGAAAUAAUACCAGGUUCUUUGGGAUGGAGGAUACAUUUUGGUAUUGAGCAUGUGACAUUCUUUAUGAUCAGGAACACUAGAGGAAAGGCAAUGUGGUGGUGUGUAGGAUACAGGAUUGGGGACUCAGGUGACCUAGAUUCUAAUCCUGAUUCUGCCUCUACAUUCAUUUGUGACCCCCGGUUAGGAAUUGUUAAACCCUGAGUCCCAGCCUGGAGUUUCCAGCAUCUAGGCUGUGGGCCCAAGUCCAACCAACCAUAUCUCAGACUUCUUAGCGCCCUCCCAAAAUGUGGCUGCUCUAGCCCUUUGUUCAUGGUGCAGUGUGGGAAAACUUUACUGGCCACCAAACUUGACUGUCCAGAGGACAAAGAAAGUUGGCCCAUGGGAUACUUUUGGCAGACUCCCGGAGCAUGCAUCUACUAGGGCUGUGUCUAUACUGCAAAGCAAGAGGGUUUGAAUCCAGAGCCCCGGCUUGACUCGGGCUCAGACCCUCCAUCCUGGUGGGGUCCUGGGAGCCUGGGUCUAAGUCCUCUGUUAGUGCGAUUUGUGUGUAGACAGAAGGGAGGUUAGGCUUGAGCCUGCAGUGUGGACAUACUCUAUUAAAUACUGCCACAUUCCAUAUGCCUGUAGCAAACUCUUAUCUUACCGUCCUCUCCCAGUCUGCCUGCUUCACAAACAUCACCUUGGACAGAAAAAGCAUUUUAACAGCUUUCUUGGGAUAGCCAUAGUAAAAUGCACUCUCCCCACACCCCUUGGUUUCUUGGUUGAGUGCAUUCUCUAUGCCUUUAAAUGCCUUUGGAGGAGUAGGGAGAAACAUCAGGAUAUUGUCCUAACUCACUAUAUACCGUAACAAGAUUGUGCACACUUUAAACACUGUCAAUAGCAAAUCUUUAUUUUCAACUUUUGUCAAAACAAUAUAGCUUGACAAGUGAAACCACUAAUAUAGAUGCAGCUGUGCUCUAAUAUUACUGCAUAUUUGUCUGAACUUAGAGAUGACAGAGCUUUCUAGUUUAGUUACUGAAAUGACAAUAGGACUUAACCCAUAUAACAGCAAAACUGCCAAGUAUCCUCCUUUGAUUGCUUAUAUGGGAUUAAGUUUGGGUAGCUCAUAUUUUGAGGAAAAUAAACUAUUAUUGUUAUUUUGAGUCACUGAUGUAAGAAAUAGGUUGUAUACUAAAGGACGAUUUCAACCCUGGGAUAAAUGUGUGCUCCUCUCUAUGGGCUUUCUACAGGUAUGGUAAUGGUCAAGUUUUAAGCAUGUGUGCAAAGAUUAUGCAUGGAAGUCUCAAUCUUUUAAGUUCCAAGCUUCCUAUAGACCUCAGGGACAUGAACUUCUAAGGACUUUGCAGAGAUCUGAUGCACAGACCUCAACUACUCUUGAGUGUCUUGGUGGACCUGAGUCAGUGUAGUAUAAGUGAAAGAAAAUAUUCUAAUCAAGGAGGGUGCCGGUAGCACCAGGAGAGAGGUUCCACUGUCAGAUUUUCCAUCCAACUUCCUUCAUUUGUGCAUGUAACUUCAAAUGUUGAGACUUUAUUUAAAAACAAAACCCACCCCUCCAGACAAUGACAAACUAUCUGGUCUUAGAAUGGUAAAUCAGCUAGCUCACAUAAUAACUCUUUGGGGUUCUUUAAAGUAAGUUUAGACCCUACAUUUUAAAAUAUUUGAAAAAAACUCUUUAUGAUGACCCUUCAGAAGCCUGAAAUGGUUUCCCUGCCAAACCCUUCUUUCUCUAUUGUAUGAACGCUUUAUUAAUUGUAGGGUCGCUGAUGACUGUGCACCUUGAGUCUAAUUAAAUAAAAAAAUACAUGACUUUGCAAACAAAUGAAAGGAUAGUUUAAAAAUUAGGGCUGCCAACCCUGACUUAGGUCUUUUUAACUAAUGAAUAGAGGUUUGUUUUUUCUUUUUUCCCCAUUUUCUCAGAAUGGCUGCUCUUUGCCUAAGGAAAUUAAUACAUCAAGCCACAAGGAAUGAAACUAGUUGCAUAAGUAAAUACUUGGACAUUCCUUUGGUGCAAACCAUGCAAAAGACAACAUUCUCUCAAGCACUGAUGGUGAUGGCUGGUGCUAAAAGGAGACUUAUGUUUGUACCUACAAAAUCAUUUUGUACAACUGAAGAAGCUGAAAAGAAACCAGAAGGAAAGAAAAAAACAAAUGCCCAAAGACCAUUUGGAAGCAUUGGGAGGAAAAUUCCUCAGCAGAUCAUUCAUGUAAUUAGUGAAAAUGGAAACAGCUUAGGAAAUAUGCACAGAGGAGAUGUGAUUCGACUCAUGAAUGAGCGUGAUCUGAAGCUUGUUCCACUGUGCGAAAAUAAAGAUCCUCCAGUGUACAGACUAAUGACUGGGAAGCAGAUUCAUGAAGAGCAGCUCAAACGUAGAGAGAAGCAAAAAGCAAGUUCAAAAGCUGGGCCUGUUCAGCUGAAGGAGUUAACUUUUUCUGCAGCUAUUGCAAAACAUGACUUAGAGACUAAAAUUAGUCAGAUUCAGCAGUGGAUUGAUAAGAAGCAUCAUGUCAGAAUUUCUGUACAGCAAAGAAAUGUUGCAGAUGGACCAGAAAAGAUGCUGGCUUUCUUUGAUCAGAUUGUCAAGACUAUGCCCGAGAAAGCUACUUACUUAUCCCAGCCAAGAGUCAUUAAAGAAGGAAAGAGCACAUGUGUUUUAAGACACAUGUCAGAAAAAGAAGUUAAUGAGUACAGGAAAAUGGAAAAAGAAAAACAGACAGACAUUCGGAACAAGGAGAGUGGAAAUGAAACUGAGUCGAGUGAACUGCAGUGAUUUUAACCAAACACUUGAAUUGACUAUAAAACAAAAUAUUCAGUUUUCUACAUAAGCCAUUAUAAACUGACCCAUGUGAUAAUAAAACAAUUGUCAAUUCUG